AUGUUGAUCCUCAUUCUUCUCCUCUCGGUCGCAGCGGUUUCGCUUUCAGCAAACGAAGGUAGGUGCAAAAUUCAACUUUAUUGCUUUAUAAUUUCCCUAGAAAAUUACCGCGAACUUAGAGCAGGUCAGGGUAUCUAGGGUCUGAAGGCUCAGACCGAAGUUUUGAUACAUGAAUAUUUGGGUCGAAGUCCAUCAGCCACGGCGAGUAACCGCGUAAUAUUCGUUAACUGCUGACAGGCGGCUAGUAGUAUUAUUUAGGGUCUGUUAAAUAAUAUCGGGUUUUCGGAAUACCUGCCCCAAAAUUGUGUUGCCUUUUUUAUUGAAAAUUCAUAUUCAGCCAAGACUAAGGCCGCAAUGCAAAUACUCCUCUCCACCCCACCGAUCCUGGAUAUCGAGUGGCAUUAGACUAAAAAAGAGAUGAAAAUAGAAACAUGUGUGUUUGCUCUUUUGGCUACUACCUGUGCUGUUAGUAUGGAAUCACCUUACCCUAAAGUAUACUACUAACUGCCUGUUGGCCGUUAACGAAUAGAAUGCGGUUACUCGCUGUGGCUGAUGGUCUUCGGCCAAAAUAUUCAUGCUUAAAAAUUCUCGGCCUGACCCUAUAGACUUUAAAUAUACUGACCUACUCCAAGUUCGCAGUUAUUUUCUAAGGAAAUUACAAAGCAACAGUUUGUAAAUUGGAGUAUCUACCCGAAAGCAGACGGGAAGUGCUAGGGGACCCACUGAUGAGUCGAACCCCGCACAGCUGUGUCAUGCAGCGGCAGACUAUCGGCGAAUCAGGCGUGUAUGGGCUUCUAUCAAUUACCUGUGCUUUAAGUAUAGAAUCACCUACUCUAGAGUUUAGCUUUAAACAGAGUCCAACAGCCCUCUUCAUUUUCAACUAUUCUGACGCAGUUCUUGAAAACUAGCGGGCAUCGAUAGAUUUCAUCAUGGGCAUUGUAGUCGGAAAAUGUUACAGUAGUUUAUUCUAUCGGCUGCAUUUCCCGCACGCACGGUUCGUGACCUAUCUCAUGAAGGGUCACGAACUGUGAGCUUAAAUAGCUGUGGCACACGUAAUGCCCACCCCGCAUCCACGAAAGUUAUACUGCGUUAGAUAUACGAACGAGCUUCAAAACAAAACACAGUUUGAUCUACAAAGUAUUAUUUAGUGAUUAAGAAGGGAAUUAUUGUAGGAAGAACCACCGAUCCAAAAUGCGACUAUAUGACGGGUCAAUUAUUCAAGGCCUAAUAUAACUGUGAACAGAGAAAGAAAAUGUCGUACAAAGACCAAAUGAUAAAAAAACAGUAACAAAUACAACGUAAUCGUACUUUAUUAAUUGUCCUUUAGCUUCUAAUGUUGCCGUAGGAUGAGAGAGCAUGGAGACUACCAAGUUGUUUACGGUGGUUUGAUCUAUGAAAUUAUUAAGCAAAAGGCUAUCCUUUUCUCCAUUGAAAGAUGCCGUUUUGCUUGGUCCCACUUUCUUUUGAUAAAUGCAAAAAGAAUUUCGAUAUGAUUGACGUCUGGACUGUUAGCAGGACUAAAAGCGCUCCGAAGAAAGCAGGCGGAGAGGCUGGCCUUUGUCCAAAAUAUUAGAUUAUAGUCGUAAGCUGGAUUGGAAUCCCACCCCUUUUGGGCGGUGAAUAGGGGCAUUAUCCUGCAACAUCACAGUGUCCAUUCGGCAUCGAUGAAUGUCGUUGUAACCGAAGACAUCAUUUACGAUGUCGAUGAAUACCUUGCUCUUUAGCAUCUCCGCUGUUGAGCGCAAGACCGAUCGCUUUCCGAAUUGGAUGGCCAUCAGAACCAUCAGGCGUCGACAAAACUUGGAAGUUGGUGUCGGUAUAGUGUGCUCUCGUGGAAAGUUCUUCCCACAUAUGACCACCUGAGCCGACUUUGCAGGCUUGUCUAAAAUACUUCUCCAAAUAUUUGUCUGCUUAAUAUUGAAAAUACUAGCUAUCAACUCAGGCUGCAGCCCUUCGGCUGCCAUUUACCGUAUCCGCUCAAAGUCAACUUCCGAUAGUAACUGUUUCGACAUCUUUGCUGUACGGCGUGGCAAAGAAAAGUGGCAGCUUGUACAGAACAAUAUAUUGAAAAUAAGUUAGAUUUUUGGGGAGGGAAUAACAUUUAAUGCGUAAAUUUUCGAGUCUGGUUCCUCAGCUCGUAGUCAGAUUUUUUGGGUUAUGUACAAAAUCAAUUAACUAUUUAACUCUGUCGAACAAGUAACUCUUUGUUUGGCCGAGGUCUGCGCCAAUGCGCGUCAAUUGUUUUAACCAUCCCCUCGGCUUUGGCCGCGCUCGCUUCCAUUUGUCCUUGGGAAAUUUGUAUAGAGCUAUAUAUAUGUGUGCUUCUACGCCUACCAGUUCCCGGUGUAAUAAAACAAACACUGUCGAACAAGGUUAUUACUGUGUGUGACGAUAUAAAACGUGGCAAUUUUACUAAAUGGAAUUUGUUUACAUCAAACGUCUUCUUUCUCCAUGAAAAGGAUGAAUCUUUAUAAAUUGGCCUUAGCCAGAUAUUCGUGAAGUACAAAUAACACUGUUCAUUUCCACAGUGGGCCUUUUUGAUAUUUUUCCUGGUUCUAUGAAAUUUAUUUUAUAGCGCAACGCGUACUAAUAGGGGUUUCUAUCAGGUGACACUUCUUAGAAUACAAAAUUACGUGGAUAUCUGGAAACAUCAAAAUUUGCCUAAUCUUGACCUGUUUUCCCUCAUUAAAAUUGACCUUACAUGACCUGUUCUUCAGGAAAGGGCAUUUUAGAUUCCAAUCAAUUUCAAAACAGACCUAACCGCACCGACUAUAUGCAGUUCUACUAACGUAAAUACCGAUCAAGAUAGUUCAUGAACUAGGUCAUCUACUGUACGGCAGAAUCAAAUGAUUUAUGCACAAAUGUGGGUUAGGACAUUCACUGGCCUAUAAAAUUGCCUGAAUGUAAUCUAGGGUUGAUUCCCACCCAGAUUUGCACUUGUAGUAUUGCAUUGAAGCAUACUCUACAUGGGAAAACGGACUUCGCGGGGAGGGAAGGGGGUGGAUAAAAUGCAUCCGGUCGAGGGGUCCUCAGAAUGAUCGCGUUAGUUUUCGUAAUUUGCAACGCUGGAAGUGGCUGAUUUCGGUCUGUCCGCCUAUUUGUGUGCACGCCCCGGAAUUUUGAAGUUUUAAAAUUAAACCACACCUUUAUUUAAAUAACUUGCGUUCCAGAGUAAUUUUAUGAGAUCCAGUCAAAGCGCUCGUCCGUCACUGGGCGUGCUAAUCAAACCAGCAUUCUUUGUUCGUCUCGCAGUCCAUGCACAAACGGUUGAUGACCUAGGCCAUGAAAGUUGUCGAAAUAUACGAAUGAUUGUUAGUCACUCGCGAACCGCACCAAUUCAUAGAUCCCAUAUCUAUGCUGAUCAAGUAAAUCGGUGAGAGACUUAAAAACAUAAAAGAAAUACUAAAAGCAAUGUUGUGCUGCUUCGAAAGGCCGUUUUUGGGGAAGCGAAAAAUCUCGAAAACUUCAAAAAUGGCUGCAAUUCAGUAAAUCUCGUUUUUUGAUAAAAGGAAUGUCUUCUUGUCCAAAAACAAUGUAAAUAUUAAAUUACAAAUAAAAUUAUGUUCAAAAAUAAUGUUUUAGUGAAAUUUUCAUCUAGAUAUCCUUUAAGAAUUAAUAUAAUUUCAUAUAUCAAUUUUUGUCAACGGCCUACAUUCUGAGAAUGGAUUCCAAGACAGUUUCCCGGGGAUUCGCGGCAGUCGUAACUCCUUUGAGUUGAAUGAGAUGCGGUUUGUCCAUAAAAACAUAUUCUGUAACAGUUAUCUUUUAAAAACUUUAAAAUAAGUUACUGAUGAAGGCAGUUACCAAAUAAGCGAAUGUUUGGGUGUUCUUUCUCAUGACGGAUGUCGUUUGGAUCAGAUGUAAGGACUCACUCAAACAUAAAACUUCAUUUUCGAGUAUAAUGGUCGUCCACAGCGAAAGUCAGCAACGAAUAUCAAUUCGAACAAUUAGAAAACUUUCUCUUCCAAGCUACUUCUUUAAGAAGUGCUUUAAUACUGCACUUUGUUGACGGAUAUCUGUGUACUUUGCAUUUUUGUGGUGAGGCCGAGAAAAAAAAAUUGACUCUUUUGGCCGUUUCUUUCACGUUCCUUAACCAUAAAUCCGGAAAAAGAUAACUAUUUAGGUCUGGCAACUUCUGAUUAUUAAGACCUCCACGGGUAAAUUACUCUUCUUUCAAUGAAAAAGGUACUCAGAUGCCCAACCGAAGUCUAGGACAGGGAUUAGCAUAGGAUUGUCCGUGUAUACCGCAACGUCCAUUUUCGCUAGAAUUUAUGAACAUUUCGCUUAAUAUAUUUACGUGAAAUAAAUUCAUUUACAAGAAAAGGACAUUUCCCUGAAGUGACUGGAUAAGCAAGCAAAAUGCGCAACGUCUAAGACGUCCAGAAAUUCUCAUAUCAGUUUCUGUUAUCAGGUUUCAUGAGAUAGGUGACGUACCGUACCUGUGAGUAUUGCAAAUACCAAGAUCUCGCUGCGCUGUGGAUAGAUAACUUGUGUUCCUCUUAAUCCCUAGUCUAGAACUCAAGCCUAACCUGUAUAAUAGUAGUUAGUUCAAAUAACCAAUCAUGCUAACAGCUAAAUCCCUACAAUCCAGCCGCCACGAAUAUAUGCAAUACGCCCCUGGAAGCCGGAAGGUGUCGGGCCAUCCACAUACGAUAUGGAUACGACAGUAAAAUCGGACAGUGCAGAAAAUUCACAUUUGGCGGUUGCAACCCAAGUGCAAACAAUUUUCUGACGCAAAAGGCCUGUGAAGAAGCAACUGCAGGGUGCUCACACAAAGGUAUGUCAACUGAGAGCCUUACCUUUCCACUUACUUUUAUGCAUUAUUUGUCCAUCCACGACGACGUGCCAUCUUGAUUUUAUGAGAUUGGGAAUUUUUUCCCCAGUCAUUUGGCGUGCACUUGUGUUGGCCUAUAAUUUUAUUACUGUAAUGCGACUUCUCCAUUUUAGCUUCUCUAUCCGUCUCCACUACCAAAACCGGCAAAGCUCCGCAUAUCAAGUCUCCAGCCGGGAAAAAUAAAGCAGCCACAGAUUUCACCAAGCGUCGUGCAGAUGUUUGA